AUGGUACGUGUCAUCUGUGCAGAUAAAAUAAAGUCACAGCAGGAACAGAUCACGUGUUCCCAUGAAGAUGGACGCUACAAUCGUGCAGAAAUCAACAGGACAGAAGGAGUAUACCUGAAACAUGCUGUUGAUGAUGAUGACGAUGAUGAUGAUGAUGAUGAUUGGGAUGAUGAUGAUUGGGAUGAUGAUGGUGGUGAUGAUGAUGAUUGGGAUAAUGAUGAGGAUGAUGGUGAAAUCCUCCUACCAAAGCUCAUCCCGGGAUAUGUGGACUUGCGUAUCAGAACUAGUGGACAUUCAUAA